AUGAUCCCCUUGGCGUAUAUUGCUUCGCAGCAACGAAAUGCGUUGCUCCACGUUCAACUGCAACAACAGAAGCAGCAACAGGGCCAAGAAAGCACUAAUAGGCAUUCUGUGAUGGAUCAACGUGUUCCCACGGUUGAAAUAGAUAAGAAGUAUUGGCACCAACAACUGAAUUUGUUACAGCACCUUUUGCGAGUAAAUAAUGAUGAGCAAUGGCUAUUUAAUUCUGUUAAGGUUAGACAGGAUGUUCUUAAGACAUGUAAUAAUCAGCGGUGGGCAUAUUUUGGGAUGGAGAAGUUCAAGUGUUUAUUUCAGUUGAAUCAGAUGCUUAAAGGGAUAAAGUUGGAUGACAAGCAGCUUUAUAAAAUCAAUGAGAAGGUUAGUUUUCUGUUAUAUGAAGCGCAUUCGCAAGCGCACCCUUACUUGUUGGAUGGGAAGACAAUCACCACGACGAUGCUAAGUGUUUUUAUAUGUAUCUGCGAGCUGAUCAUCUGUUUCGAUCCCAAGACAGAAGUUCACGUGGCGCUGUGUAGAUGCAUCGUGAAUGGGAUCUCUUCUCAGUUCUUAAGACCAUAUAUUCGGGAGCUAUGGAAUGCAGUGAGGGAAUCGUAG